ACUCCGCGCGCCUGUCCGAGCGCUCCAGUCCGGUGAAGCUCGCGCGACCCCGCGGUUGGCGCGUCACGUGCACAGAGGAGAGAGCCCCGGGAUGCUAUUUAACAUCACAGAGCGGGAGACGCGUUGGGGGUAAUUACUCAUCACCGCGGGCGCUGCUGGCGGGGUGAGGCGCUGCUGGCGGAGUGAGGCGCUGCUGGCGGGGUGAGGCGCUGCUGGCGGAGUGAGGCGCUGCUGGCGGGGUGAGGCGCUGCUGGCGGGGUGAGGCGCUGCUGGCGGGGUGAGGCGCUGCUGGUGAGGCGCUGCUGGCGGAGUGAGGCGCUGCUGGCGGGGUGAGGCGCUGCUGGUGAGGCGCUGCUGGCGGAGUGAGGCGCUGCUGGCGGGGUGAGGCGCUGCUGGUGAGGCGCUGCUGGCGGAGUGAGGCGCUGCUGGCGGGGUGAGGCGCUGCUGGUGAGGCGCUGCUUUUCUCGGAGCCUGUUUUUUUUUUUUUCUCAUUGGAUGAAAGCGUGCGCGCGCGGCACAAUGGCUCGGAGCUUGCGCUCGGCUCGUGCGCUGCUGCUGCUGCUGCUGCUGAGUGGCGGGUCAGGAGUGGCGCGCGCGUUCGGGACAGGCGGCGCGGAGGAGGAGGAGUCGGAGUCCGCGUGCGAACCGAUCCGCAUGUCUAUGUGCCGUGACCUCGGCUACAACGUCACGCGCAUGCCGAACUUGGUCGGAAACGUACUGCAGGCGGACGCAGAGUUACAGCUGUCCACUUUCACCCCCCUCAUCCAGUACGGGUGCGCAAAACAGCUGCGGUUCUUCCUGUGUUCAGUCUACGCCCCGAUGUGUACGGAGAAGGUUCCGGAGCUGAUUGGUCCAUGUGGCAGCAUGUGUCUGUCCGUGCAGAAGAAGUGUUUGCCCGUACUGCAGGAGUUCGGCUUCUCGUGGCCUAACUUGCUGAACUGCAGCCUGUUCCCGCCUACAAACGAUCACACUCACAUGUGUAUGGAGGGCCCGGGUGAGGAGGAUGAGAACGAUGUUCGUUUUCCAUCGGUGCGCACGCUACGGCCGCACCAUGGCCUUGACGCUGAGUGCAUCCCUCUUGACCAUGACCCUGGUGAAGACCCCACUCCCCCAGACCGCUAUGUGUGGUCAAAGCGCAGCAGUUCCUGCAUGCUGCAGUGUGGCUACGACUCUGGAUUAUACAGCCGUUCUGCCAAGACAUUUGCUGAUGCCUGGAUGGCACUGUGGGCAGGGCUUUGCUUCGUCUCCACCUCCUUCACGGUGUUGACGUUCCUGCUGGACUCAGGACGGUUCUCCUACCCAGAGCGUCCCAUUGCAUUUCUGAGUGUGUGCUACAACGCAUACAGUGCUGCCUUUCUGGUUUUGCUAGCAGCUGGACGUGAGCGCGUGUCGUGCGAUGCUGAUGACGCUGCCGUCCCGAUCCUAGCGCGGGAUGGUUUAAAGAACUCAGGCUGCGCUGUGGUCUUCUUGUUGGCUUACUUUUUCGGUAUGGCAAGCUCCGUAUGGUGGGUAAUCCUCACAUUAACUUGGUUUCUAGCAGCAGGACUUAAGUGGGGACACGAAGCCAUUGAGAUGCACAGCUCCUACUUCCACGUGGCAGCAUGGGCCAUCCCAGCAAUCAAAACCAUUGUGGUGCUCGUCAUGCGCCUGGUUGAUGCAGAUGACCUCACCGGCCUGUGCUACGUCGGCAACCAGAACCUGGAGGCACUCACUGGUUUCGUCGUGGCACCACUUUUUACAUAUUUGGCUGUUGGGACGCUGUUCAUUGCCGCCGGACUUGUCUCACUGUUUAAGAUCCGGUCCAACUUGCAGAAGGAUGGCGCCAAGACAGACAAGCUGGAGCGGCUCAUGGUGAAGAUUGGCGUCUUCUCUGUGCUCUACACUGUCCCGGCCUCCUGCGUUGUGGCGUGCUACUUCUACCGCGUCUCAAAUUGGUCUGACUUUCAACAAGUGCCGAGUGACUCAUACGCUGCUGCCGAGAUGCUCAGGAUCUUCAUGUCCUUGCUGGUGGGCGUAACUUGUGGCAUGUGGGUGUGGUCUGCCAAGACACUGCAGACCUGGAAACGUCGCUGGAUACGCCUACUCUGUCCACAGAACAACACACGACGGACCCACACCAACAAAAAUGGCAUUGGUAAAGGGAAUGAGACUGUGGUGUGAAGCAGUGAGAAACCCUGUGACAUGGACAGAGCGACAUCUAGUGGACACUCACUGUCACUGUGCCACUUACUGCAUCAUUGUUCUUGGACAAAUUUCACCAGAUUGUUUUUUACACUGGACUACGCAGUAUGGCACAGUGGAAAACAUGCAGGAAGAUACAAUAGGAAGUUGUCAUGAUAGGAAGCUGUGUGGUGGCAGGAACUAGCAGGGCUGCUUCUCCAGUUUGGGUGAAUGGACAACGAGUCGACUGAAGUGCCUUGUUUCUCAGACUUUCUGCCAGUCUUGGCACAUGAUGGUAGCUUUCAUCUACAAUGCAGCAAAGACACCUGAGAAAUGGAGUUUUUCCUCUCCUCAGGAAACAGCACCAUUUACCUCGCAUCAAGACCACAGCCAUUGGGAUUCUAAAAUCCUGGAUUAGCGUUUGACUUGCUGUAUGCAAAAUGGCGCCGCAGUCAAGAGCUCUUCAGUCAUUAGCACUAUGUAGCACUGAUUCGGGAAACAGAUUGAGUGAUGUUCAGGAGUGGUUUUGCUUCACUGCAGCUUACUCCAAUGCGGAUGUAUCCUCGACCCUCCACUCAACCCCUAUUCACUAUAUCAUUCACAUAAACACCUUGAACAUCACCAGUCUAUUGUGGGCAUGUAGGGUACAUCAUUUGCAUGCAGUAUGCAGUGCAAGUAUUUUUAAGUUCGUUUCUUAGACAAGGAUUUUAAGAUCGUUACCUUGUUGACAGUUUCA